AGACGAAUGCGACAAAAUAGGCGACUGUACCUCCAGCCCUGCCCUCGCCGAUCACUCAGUUUCUUCUUCACGCCUCCACCGGACCACCAUGGGUUUAUUUUCAGAUCGCCACUGCCUUUGCUGAAGGAAUAUUCAGGACAUCUAUAUGGCCUUACUAUUAUUAAACUUCAAAGUCAAGGCCAGAGGCCAUGAAACACGGAGCAACAUUUUUUCCCCCAAACAAGAGACUUUCAUAUCAAGAGUUCUAAUUUUGUUAUGCUUUGAGAGUUGGGUUCUGUUUUGUGUGAGAGAGGAAACCAAAAGAUGUGAGGGGGAUGGGUUUUGUAAAUGAAAGAGAGGGGGCUCAAAUGGGUGAGGCCCAAAGAGUUGAGGUGGCAGUGGGACACAAGCGGACAUCUAUGGCGUCCAAUGAUGUUCGGAUGAAGAAUGCUUCUGGAAAGGCUCCCGACGUUGGUGCGAUCUUCAUGUCAAACAGAACUACAAUAGAAGAGUGUUUUAAGAGAAAACUAUUUGGUCUUCCACAUUCUUUUGUUGACUUUGUGAAAGAAGUCAAAGCUGGAAUGGUUUUAUUUCUUUUCGAAUUUGAGCAAAGAAAACUAUAUGGUGUAUUUCAGGCUGUAACAGAUGGUUCAAUGAAUAUUGUACCCAAUGCAUAUCGUUCAACAGGAAAAUCAUUCCCUGCACAGAUUCGAUUUAGUGUGAUUUGGAAUUGUCGUCCUCUUUAUGAACAUGAUUUCUGUGAUGCUAUUCAAGAUAAUUACUAUGCAGCUACGAAGUUCAACUUCGGUCUGUCUAAAGAUCAGGUUCAAAGGCUCUUAUACUUGUUUGAUUCUAGAAAGGUCAGAGUACAAAGAUCUCUCAAAAAGAAGAAAGUCAAAUCAUUGGAUAUAGUAAAUCCCUUGGCUGAUUCUGGCAAACUUGAGCUGAAGAGAGACGACUCCAUGGCUGAAAGUCAAGCUAGGAAUUCAGUGGAUGUACCCCAGUCACUGAAUGCAGGGAUAUCUUUUUUCCAGGCUCCAUUCGUGUCUGGAACAAGCAACGAGUUUACCUCAUUUCAUGAAUAUGCUACUCACUCUACCGGUAUUUCAGUAAGCUCAUCUUUUUCUUUAAGUCAAUCGGUCCCAUUGCAAAAAGAGUCAGAGCACAUAGACACCUCUUCUUAUAAUGCUUCAUUGGGCCUCGGCGAUUACAUACCACUGUCUUUCCCUGAACAUCUUGAUGCAACAGAGAAUGAGAAUGCUUUCUCAGAGGCUGGGGUUUUGAAAGAUAACCAAAUAGAAUCUGCCUCUUGUGAUGAUUAUAUAGAUCUGUCCUCCUCUGAAGCAUGUAUAUUUCCCAUGCCUUUUGGACUGAUGGAUUCAAAUCAGCCAUCUUCUGUAUUCAGUCCAGAGAGGGAUCAAUGUGAUGAAAAAUACCCGAGGGUGAAGGGCCUGUAUUCUGAUACUCAAGACAAAAGAACAAGUGUGUUUUCUCGUUUGAAUUUGGUGUCAAAAGCUGCUGUAGAAGAUGAUGAAGACGACUCUCAAGUGACUGAAUCAGUGCAUGAAAUUAUGGAGAAGUUGCAGUGGUCUCAUGAAAAUUGGAAAAGGACGACAAGGAAAACUAAAAGUAUUUCACGUGAAAAAGGAGAUAGCCAUCUGAAAAAGAGAGCUAGUGUGUUUUCUCGCUUAAAUUUUGCUUCUGACAAUGCUGUGGAAGAAAAGAAAUUUGAUAUCCAGGUAGAUAAUUUAGUGGGCAGAAAUGCAGAAAUAUUUCUGGGGAAUAAGAGAGAGACACGCAAAGCAGCUAUCAGAAAUCAUGAUAGUGAGAACUUACAGAUGACUAUCCAGGUGCAGAUGAAUGAAGAUACAUCUCAAGUUGAAGAGGAUCUGGUGGAUAAAUGGACUGGGAAACAAAUUGGAGAAUGCAUUCCACUUCUGAAUGUUAAUGACGAGGGCAAAAUGGUGAAGAUAGAGUGUGAAACUAAGGGAAGAGAUCAUGUAGAUGGUGAAGAACAACAGAAGAGAAGAUUAGUUAGGCCAAUGCUAACAAACAAGUCAGAUGCCAAAACCGAGGAUAAUCAAACCAGGUUAUCUCAAAAUGACAUAAAACCAGCUCUGAUAUACCCAACCAUUAGUGAUGGCAAUAGUGAAGAGCAGUUGAAAGGCUCGACCAAAAUGGAUUCAAUGUUGAUAAAACAAGAUGGUCCGGGAAAGAACUGUUUUGGAGAGGUGGGCACAAAGCCAUUGAAUGUAUGCCAGCUUGGUUGUUUGUCUGCAUCAGCUGCUAUCAAAGAUGUGGACAAAGAAGUACUCAUUGUAGAUGAAGGACAAGCGGAAUGUACAAAGACAUUUUUUGGCACUGGGCGUGAAGAAUGUGGUGAGCAAGAUGCUGGACUUAUAUGUGAAACUGGUGGUGUUCGGUACCUUUAGAACUUGUUAAUAGCGUAUGACUCAAAAUCUUUUUGUGUUAACCGUACAUAAUGAGGGAACUUGGAGGAAUAUUUGAAAGAAACCGGUGAAUGAAGGAAUCAUUUAAAAUUGUGAAUGAAAGUAGUCUUGAGAGCACAAAUGUUUGUUUCUGUUCCAAGAAGAAUUAAGUGAGUAGAAUUACUAUGUAGAUAGUUAGAAGGAGCGGAGUAUAGAAUCCUAACCAUUUGAGCAUCUCAAAUAUUGUAACUAUGUUUUUGUGCACUGGCAAUUACACAAACUAUUAUUGCAAGCACAUUGGUCCACAAUCCUUCUCUUCUCA